AGAAACGACGAAGAUUUUCUUGUCGUUUUUGGGACAACAUGGGAAGGCCUUUUACGGUCACUCUUGAAGGAGAACAUAUUUUUGUCUGCCAAGCCUGUCAAACCCAAUAUACUCUCCUACAAUAUUUCCUGCCUCAUGAGAGCUUUUAUAAUCCAGUCACCAUGGUUGGUUAUCAAGUUUUAAGUGAAGUUGUCAAUACUUUUACGGAUGGAAAAAUAAUAGAGCUUAAGAUUAGUGAUGCGGUUUCCCUACCUUGUAUGGAGAUAUUUUGUGUUGGCUGUGCUGCACUUUUAGGAUUGAAAAUUGAGUCUGUCCCUGAUAUCAUCAAACAUAAAAUCAAGGAAGGAAAAUAUAUUUUUAUAACUUAGGUGAGCAGGUUCAAGGUGUUGGGGUUCAGCUGUGAUUGAAAGAACUUGAUAAAAAUGCUUAAAGAUAAGACUGGUGGUGAUGAAGUUUUAAGAAAUGGGAUUUUAUUUUAAUUUGUAUAUAUAUAUAUAUAUA